GCAGUGUGUUUUAUAAUUUCAGCUUUGAUUGUGAGAUACUUAACCAAGCGAUUUAUAGGAGACUACAACUCGGAACUUGAAAUACUAUACAGUCAUUGUACAGUUAUAGAUGGUAAACACGUGACGUUACACAUCAUUGACACACUUGGACAGGUUAAGAAAGAAGACGUUAGUGAAGAACAGGUUAAAUGGGCAGAUUGUGUUGUAAUCGUUUACGCUAUCGUCGACAGAAACAGUUUUGACAUAGCUCGAAGCAUAGCGGAACAUAUUCAGAUAAUGCGAGAAGACAAUCAAGUACCAAUCGGCAUCGUGGCUAAUAAAUCCGAUCUCAUUGACAGGAAGGAAGUGUCGGAUACAGAUCUUUCAAGAACAUGUGCUGAAUUCAACUUGUUAUACUUUGAAACUUCGGCAAGUGAAGCGAGGGCAAGUGUUUUAGAGGUUUUUACAGUUUUAGCACGCCAAGUAAGAAUGAUUAUGAAAAAGCGGGAAAAAUUGACUCGAUUUAUGUCGAAUCCUGCAGUUGCUGCUAAAUUACAAAUCCAACAAUCUCUUAGAAGUCUCGCGGAGAAAACCUGGCGAUCUAGAACGUCUACAUUAUAGCCCGUGAAACUCAUGUGAUAAAGUGUUUUGUUAUUGAUGGUCAUAUCUGAUAAUGAGUGAAUCAAUAUUUCUUCUAUAGAUGAAAUUUGUACAUGAUAAAAUGUAAUUUAAUUAAAUUCUAUAUUUAUGUAAUAAUCGUCUUUCAUCAUAAAGCAUUAUUUUGUGAUAUAUUUCAAUCUUGCUUCUGAGGUUUUGAUCACCGCUAUCAAAAUGUCUUCAUUUG